AUGAGGAUCACCGAAAUUAUUAUUGACGGCUUCAAAUCGUACGCUGUGCGUACGGUGAUCUCAGGAUGGGAUGAGUCCUUCAACUCCAUCACUGGUCUUAACGGCAGUGGUAAAUCCAAUAUUCUCGACGCUAUUUGUUUUGUUCUGGGUAUUACGAAUAUGAGUACAGUUCGCGCGCAAAACCUCCAAGAUCUCAUUUACAAGCGUGGUCAAGCCGGCGUGACCAAAGCCAGCGUGACAAUUGUUUUCGAUAAUAGGGAUACCUCCAAAUCGCCGAUCGGCUUCGAGGAAUAUGCGACCAUCUCAGUUACCCGACAGAUUGUUCUCGGCGGUACCAGCAAAUAUCUCAUCAACGGCCAUCGCGCGCAACAACAGACCGUGCAGAACUUGUUCCAAAGCGUACAAUUAAAUAUCAACAACCCCAACUUUUUGAUUAUGCAGGGAAGGAUUACAAAGGUUCUGAACAUGAAGGCGGUUGAGAUUCUGUCGAUGAUCGAGGAGGCGGCCGGAACGCGGAUGUUUGAAGAUAGACGCGAGAAGGCAGGCAAGACGAUGGCUAAGAAGGAUUUGAAAUUGCGCGAGAUUGAGGGACUGCUGAGGGAAGAGAUUGAGCCCAAACUCGAAAAGCUCAGGGCCGAAAAGCGAGCAUUCCUUGAUUUCCAACAGACUCAGAACGACUUGGAGCGCCUGACUCGUCUUGUUGUCGCACAUGAUUAUCUAAGAAGCGGUGACCGACUCCGUGCUUCUGGUGAAGAGUGCGAGAACAAGAAGCGCAAGGUCCAGGCGCUUGAGGACAGCGCGACCAAACUAAAGAGUGAGAUAGCGCACAUGGAAGAGGAUGUGAAGCGGGUCAAGGCUGCUCGGGAUAAGGAGUUGCGCAAAGGAGGCAAAUUCCAAGCGCUCGAGGACGAGGUGAAGACUCAUUCCCAUGAAGUUGUCCGUUUGACGACGGUGUUCGAUCUAAAGAACGCGAGCAUUGCCGAAGAAAAGGAGAAGGGCAAAGAGGUCGAGAAGUCUGUCAAGGACCUCGAAAUGGCUCUCAAGGAUAAGAAGAAGGUCUACGACAAAUUGCAAGCACAAUAUGAUGCAGCCAAGGCUGAGCUAGAUGCUCAGACAGCAGAAUUCGAACAGAAAGAAGAACUGCUUCAGACAUUGCAGACCGGUGUCGCCUCAAAAGAAGGCCAGGAGAGCGGUUAUCAGGGCCAGUUACAAGACGCCCGAAAUCGUGCAAGCAAUGCGGCUACCGAGCAGGAACAGGCCAAGCUCAAGAUCGCGCACUUGGAGAAGAGGAUAAAGGAGGAAGAGCCGAGAGCGAAGAAGGCAAAGGAGCAAAAUUCUGGGCUCCUGAAGGACUUGGAGGUCCUCAAAUCUAAAGCUAAGAAGCUAGAAGCCGAACUCUCAAAGCUUGGAUACGAGCCUGGGCGUGAGGAGCAACUUUACCAAGAGCAGAACGGGCUUCACAAGGAGAUUCGCGAAUUACGCCAAAGGGCUGAUGCCCUCCAGAGGAAAGUCGCCAACAUUGAGCUCAACUACUCUGAUCCCUACCCGAACUUCGACCGAUCUAAAGUCAAGGGUCUGGUUGCUCAGCUUUUUACUGUUGAUAAAGAAAAGCUACAGGCUGCCACCGCUUUAGAAAUUUGUGCUGGUGGGCGCUUGUAUAAUGUUGUUGUCGACUCAUCUGAUACCGGUACCCAACUUCUUCAGAAAGGAAAACUCCGGAAGCGUGUAACCAUCAUUCCUUUGAACAAAAUUUCCUCCUUCCGUGCCUCUGUCGAGAAAAUCGGAGCUGCUCAAAAUAUCGCCCCAGGGAAGGUUGACUUGGCUCUGUCGCUCAUUGGAUAUGAUGAGGAAGUUACUGCAGCCAUGAACUAUGUCUUUGGUAACACUUUGAUUUCCAACGAUGCAGAGACAGCAAAGAAGGUGACCUUUGACCCCUCUGUUCGUAUCAAGAGUGUGACCCUGGACGGUGAUGUCUACGAUCCGUCCGGUACACUCUCUGGUGGUAGCGCACCCAACUCCAGCGGCAUGCUUGUGACCCUGCAAAAGCUCAACGAGAUCACAAGGGAGAUAAGGAGCAAGGAGCGGGUAUUGGCAACACUGGAAGAAACAAUGAAGAAAGAGAAGAAGAAGCUCGAUGCUGUCCGCUCUACUAAGCAGGAGUUGGAUCUGAAGAACCAUGAGAUCAAGCUUACAGAAGAGCAAAUUGGUGGCAACUCAUCUUCAUCGAUCAUUCAAGCUGUCGAAGAAAUGAAAGCGAACAUUGGACAGCUGAAGGAAAACAUCACUGACGCGAAGUCGCGCCAGAGCGAAGCAUCCAAGGAUAUCAAACGGAUCGAGAAGGAUAUGAAUGAGUUCAAUGACAACAAGGACAGCAAGCUCGCGGAGCUGCAGACUUCCCUUGAUACGCUCAAGAAGAACCUAGCUAAGAACUCUAACUCCGUCAAGGACUUGCACAAGGAGCUCCAGAAUUCAAGGCUCGAGUCAGAACAGGUCGGAAGCGAUUUGUCUGCAGCAGAGGAGCAGCUUGCUGAAAGCGAAAACACACUGAAGGCCCAGAAGGAGGAGAUCGAUUCACUAAAGAGAGAACAGGAUCGUAUCAAGGAUGCACAUGACGUCGCGCAAGCACAACUCGAGGACGAGAGGGCGAAGCUGACAGGUUUCGAUGACGAACUCCGCGAUCUGGACCAAACCAUGCAGUCCAAGAAUUCCCAAAUCACUGAGGAAGGCUUGGAAAUGCAGAAGCUUGGACACCAGUUGGAGAAACUGCAGAAAGAGCAAAACGUCGCGGAGCAGGCAGUGGCCCACUUGGAAGGAGAGCACGAGUGGAUUGCGGACGAGAAGGACAACUUUGGACGUCCGAACACGGUAUAUGACUUCAAGAACCAGAACAUCGCCGAGUGCAAAGCCACGCUGCGCAACGUCACGGAGCGGUUCCAAGGUAUGAAGAAGAAGAUCAACCCUAAGGUCAUGAACAUGAUCGACAGUGUGGAGAAGAAAGAAGCGGCUCUGAAGAACAUGAUGAGAACUGUCAUCCGCGAUAAGAGCAAGAUCGAGGAGACCAUCAUCAACCUUAACGAGUACAAGAAGGAGGCUCUCCACAAGACAUGGAUCAAAGUCAAUGCUGAUUUCGGGCAAAUAUUCUCGGAGCUUCUGCCUGGCAGUUUCGCGAAGCUGGAUCCCCCCGAAGGCAAGGAUAUCACCGACGGACUCGAGGUUAAGGUAUCUUUGGGCAAGGUCUGGAAACAGAGUUUGACGGAACUGAGUGGUGGUCAACGGUCUCUUAUUGCUCUGUCUUUGAUCAUGGCGCUUCUGCAAUUCAAACCCGCCCCAAUGUACAUUCUUGACGAGGUUGACGCUGCUCUGGACUUGUCUCACACCCAGAACAUCGGCCGCCUGAUCAAGACGCGAUUCAAGGGAUCGCAAUUCAUCGUUGUAUCGCUGAAGGAUGGCAUGUUCCAGAACGCAAACCGGAUUUUCAGGACGAGAUUCAGCGAGGGUACCAGUGUUGUACAGGCCCUUACCCCAGCUGACAUGAAGUAA